AUGUCGAAUGAAAAUAUUAAUGAUCCUAGGGUGGCGUUAGCAUUGACUUUACUGAUGCAAGGUUCAAGUAUACAGUUCACGAAGGACCUGGUCCGAUAUACGAUGUCUCAGAGGAUUUGCUUAAGCCUCGGAGAACAGAGUCUCAGUCUUCUUUGGCUGACUCGUCCUCCUCAUUCUCCUUUGCCACGACCUACGUCAGUGCCAGGAAAACUUGAUACAGGUUACGAUAUCGAUCAACACGGCGUUCUCAGGAAGAAUCCUCCGAUGAAACAUGUGCCAUCUUGCUUCUACGAUGUUCCUCGCGAGGAAACGUGUUACACCACUUUAAAGUAUAAGGGAAAUUUCUGGAGCAGAAUGACAGGCAGAACUGAUGCACGAUCAUCUUCGAAUCCAGGUCCGGGAUAUUAUGAGCACGAGACGACGAAAACUGCGGCUCAGAUACGUGACGAAAGAAUAAGGGAGGCGAAGAGGGGCACUGCUAAGCAGCUGCGCUUCCUGGACAUCCUGUCUAGAAGAAAAUUGCUCGAAAAUUUUCCAGCUCCGAAUAGCUACAAUGUGAAGGGUAAUUUCGACAGGUUCCUCAAGAUCGCUUGCAAGUGUGAUCCUUAUUUAUGCAAAUUACCACCUUUUGGACAAUCUGCCAAAAGAUUUGAUUAUAAGAGAAAAGAUCUACCAGGACCUGGAGCGUAUGAUCCAGAGGAUCGAAUGAAAUGCGUGACUUCUAUUUGUAACGCACCAUUCGGUUCUUUUAGUCGACGCUUUCAUAAGAUUACUGUAGAACCUGGACCAGCUCCUAACGAUUACCACACGGACGUCGGCAACUUGGCUUACGAGUCGCAGAAGCGAUUUAAACAAACCUCUAAGCCAUCGUAUUCACAUAAAUCCUUCAAUACUAUUUCAACACUGUACAAAGACGAGGAAGAUUCUGAAAUUACUAACAUUCCAAAAAGAAUCAAACAGAAUAGGAGUAAAGUCUACCAUGCUGCCUUCAAAUCAAAAGCAGCCAGAUUUCCUGCUCACAAAAAGGUGGACGUCCCUGAUCCAGGCGCUUACGACGUCUUAACGGCUUUCAAGGCAAAUCGUGAUAAAUGUGAUUACCUCAGCCGACGAUUACCUGCGCCCUUCGGCUCACGUGCCAGUCGAUUUCCAAAGACGCUGCGGGAGCACGAUGUUCAGAGACCAGACCCAACCACUUACGACGUAGCGGGCGACAUAUCAUCGAACGUCGCGGGCGGCGUGAUAUCGUUCCCCCUGAGAGAUCCGAGGAAGCCGAAAGCGCCGGGACCAGCCCGCUACUGUGUAAGACCUAGUUAA